AUAACUGGUACUCUUCUUUUAAUACAAUUACCUUUCUGAGAUUCUAAGUUUGUUGAAACAAUGAUAAUGAUAUUAAGUAAAACAUGUUCAAUGCUCCACAUACUAAAACUGCACAUUCUCUAUUUAAAAUGUGAUGCCACUGUUUUUUCAUCCCCCAUGCUGUGGGAACUUGAUUUAAACAUCAUCAUGGGCACAAAAAUAAUACCUGUAUCAUUUUCCAGGUUAGGCUGUAACGUCCAAAGAUGAAAACCUCCCUAACGUGCAUCCUGGUCAUUUGCGCCCUGCUUGCUGGCAUCUUGGGCUCAGCCAUGGGACGCAAGCUCAAUCUGGGCUCCUGUACACUGACGGUUCACACUCACGAGCUCAGGCACCACUUCCAGCAGAUCCGCCACAGUAUGGUUGCACAAGACAACCACAAAGGUGUGCGCUUGCUGAAGGUGGAAACGAUGAAGAGCUUGCAGGCAGCAGAUAGCUGCUGCUUUCUGAAGCAACUCCUACGCUUCUACAUCGAGAAGGUGUUCAGCGGCUACACGAGCAGCCAGUCGCUUCACCAGAGAACCACCAGCGUUCUGGCCAACUCUUUUCUCAGCAUGACCAAGGACUUGAAAGCUUGUCAUGCUCAGAUGCUCUGCCAGUGCAGUCAGGAAGCCAACCUGAAGUUUGACGCCAUUCAGGAAUCCUAUGACAAGUUGGAGGUGGCGGCUGCGUCGGUAAAGGCCAUAGGAGAGCUGGAUUACCUUCUGGUGUGGCUUGAAAGCUUCCACAACAAAGACCACCAUCAUGAUGACUCAAAAUAGGAGCUUUACACGAUGAGUUUCAUGAUGCGGUGCUGAUUUGUUUAGAGGAGCUACAUGAAAUUUUUAUUUAAUUGUAUACUUUAGUAUCAUCAUUUUCAUUUUGGUAGAAAUUGUAAUUUAAUUUAAUUUUUUAAACGAAUUCAUUUAAAUGAAUUAAUUUUUGGUGGAACGCAUAGUGGGAUUCACUGGGUAGCAUUUUUGUUACCUACAGUCCAGACAAAUAACUGCACCAUGUUGGAUGUAAUCGGUAGACCCUCUUGAAGGCGUCUCCUGAAAAAAUAUAAUGUAUGAAAUAUUUAAUGGUUGCUUUAUGCUGUCAUUGUGACAGCAUUAUUUCUGAAAACAGUAAUGCCUAUGGCCCUUGAAUUUAUGUUUAUCUGCACGCAUGACUCGAAAGAGUUGUGCUAGAAUGUAGACCUUUGAGGCCAACAUCAUAAUGAUGACUCAAACUAGCAUCUUUACGCCGUCCGUUUCACGAUGUGGUGCUGAUCUGUUUAGAGAAGCUACAGUACGUGAAAUUUUAUUUUAAUCUUAUAAUUUAAUCUCAUCAUUUUCAUUUUGGUAGAAAUUGUAAUUUAAUUUUUUAAUGGAAUUCAUUUUUGGUGGAACGCAUAGUGGGAUUCACUGGGUAGCAUUUUUAUUAUUAUCAUCUACAGUCCAGACAAAUAACUGCACCAUGUUGGGUGUAAUCAGUAGACCCUCUUGAAGGCAGGAAGUAUAAUGUAUGAAAUAUUUAAUGGUUGCUUUAUGCUGUCAUCGUGACAGCGUUAUUUCUGAAAACAAUAAUGCCUAUGGUCUUUGAAUGUAUGUUUAUCUGCACGCAUGACUCAGAAGAGUUGUGCUGAACUGUAGACCUUUGUCAGGUCAGUUUGUUUGAAUCAUGUUCAAACCAUGUUCAGUUGUAACUUAAGAGAAAAUAAAUGUUUAUCAUCCUCA